UAAAAUAUAUAUAUACAAAUCAUUGAAGCAGAUGCACCACAAAGGCGUUCAUGAGAAUGUUAUAAAUAUCCUCUGACCUACGUUUUCAGUAUGGAGCAUAAGAAAUAUACGUAUACGUAAAACUUGUCAAACGAAAUACACAGUUUAUUAUUUGGGAAUGAUGACAGAGGAGGCAUUUCCACCGAUCAUUAGGUUCCAGGCUGACGAUACGACAGCAUUUCUUCGUGCUGCGCGGUCUGGGAACCUUGAAAAAGUGAUUGAAUUUCUCGAUACCGAUUUAGAUAUUAAUACAGCUAAUUCGAAUGGUUUAAAUGCUUUACACUUAGCAUCGAAAGAUGGUCAUGUUGAAAUAGUAACGGAAUUAUUAAAAAGAGGUGCUACAGUGGAUGCAGCUACAAAGAAAGGAAAUACUGCGCUGCAUAUAGCUUCGUUGGCUGGCCAAGCGGAAAUAGUAAAUAUUCUUAUUCAGUAUGGUGCUGCAGUUAAUAUUCAAUCUCAAAAUGGUUUUACACCUUUAUACAUGGCUGCGCAAGAAAAUCAUGAUCAAGUUGUUAAAUUGUUGCUCAGUAACGGCGCCAAUCAAAGUCUUGCUACAGAGGAUGGAUUUACACCUCUCGCUGUUGCAAUGCAACAAGGACAUGAUAAAGUUGUCAGCGUUCUUUUAGAAAAUGAUUCUAAAGGAAAAGUUAGAUUACCAGCACUUCAUAUUGCGGCUAAAAAAGAUGAUUGUAAAGCUGCUGAUCUAUUAUUGCAGAAUGAUCAUAAACCUGAUGUUACGUCGAAAAGUGGCUUUACACCUCUACAUAUCGCUGCCCAUUAUGGAAACGAAGAAAUAGCACGUUUAUUAAUAAAACGUGGAGCUGAUGUGAAUUAUUUAGCAAAGCAUAAUAUAAGCCCUUUACAUGUAGCAGCGAAAUGGGGUAAAAACAAUAUGGUUAAAGUAUUAUUAGAAAAUUCUGCGCAAAUCGAUGCUAAAACCAGGGAUGGUUUAACACCGCUUCAUUGUGCAGCAAGAUCUGGUCAUGAACAAGUUAUUACCACGCUUCUUGAACACUCUGCACCUAUUAGUGCACGAACGAAAAAUGGACUUGCACCAUUGCACAUGGCAUCACAAGGAGAUCAUGUAGAUGCAGCAAGAGUAUUAUUAUAUCAUCGAGCGCCAGUAGAUGAAGUUACGAUCGAUUAUUUAACGUCUCUUCAUGUUGCCGCACAUUGUGGACAUGUUAGAGUUGCGAAAUUACUUCUGGACCGGAAAGCUGAUCCGAAUGCACGAGCUUUAAAUGGCUUCACACCACUACAUAUUGCUUGUAAGAAGAAUCGAAUAAAAGUUGUUGAACUCUUAGUAAAACAUGGAGCAUCGAUCGAGUCUACUACCGAGUCUGGACUGACUCCAUUACAUGUGGCCAGUUUUAUGGGAUGUAUGAAUAUCGUGAUAUUUCUACUGCAACACGAAGCCAAUCCUGACGUGCCAACUGUUAGGGGUGAAACACCUCUACAUCUGGCAGCUAGAGCUAAUCAAACAGACAUUAUUCGAAUUUUAUUACGAAACGGAGCCAAAGUUGAUGCUCGCGCAAGGGAACAACAAACACCCCUUCAUAUUGCAUCACGAUUAGGAAAUAUUGAUAUUGUUAUGUUACUUCUGCAACAUGGUGCAGCAGUUGAUACUACCACAAAAGAUAUGUACACAGCAUUACAUAUUGCAGCAAAAGAAGGGCAGGAGGAGGUGGCAACUAUUCUUGUGGAAAACAAUGCUUCUCUUAAGGCUACAACUAAAAAUGGUUUUACUCCUUUACAUAUCGCAGCUAAAUAUGGCAAUAUGAGCGUUGCAAAUAUACUUUUGCAAAGAGAUAGUAAACUUGAUGCACAAGGAAAGAAUGAUAUUUCUCCUUUACAUUUGGCUUGCCAUUAUGAUCAUCCAAAUGUUGCAAAUCUUUUGUUAGAAAAAGGAGCAUCCCCUCAUUUAGCUUCUCAAAAUGGACAUACUCCUCUACAUAUUGCUGCACGUAAAAAUCAGAUGGAUAUUGCUUCUACUCUCUUAGAGAAUGGAGCAAACGCGAAUGCUGAAUCCAAAGCAGGAUUUACACCAUUGCAUUUAAGCGCACAAAAAGGACAUUAUGAUAUGACGAAUCUGUUAAUCGAGCAUGGAGCUGAUCCAAAUCAUAAAUCAAAGAAUGGUCUCACCGCACUGCACUUGUGUGCUCAAGAAGAUUUUAUCAAAGUGGCUUCUAUACUUGUGAAAAAUGGUGCAAACGUUGAAAGCGAAACCGAAACUGGUUAUCGACCAAUACAUGUCGCGGCACAUUUCGGGAAUCUUUCGAUGAUUCGAUUUCUUUUAAAACACAAUGCAACUAUCGACGUAAAAACUAAUCAAAAUUACACUCCGUUACAUCAAGCUGCUCAACAAGGCCAUGCACAUAUUGUUAGUGCAUUAUUAGAAGGAAAUGCUUCGCAUAAAGCUCGAACGAAUGAUGGACUGACUGCAUUAAAUAUAGCUCAAAAAUUAGGAUAUAUAUCUGUAAUGGAGGUAUUGAAGGGAUUGUCUUAUGAUACCUUGGCGCCUGAUAAUAAAAAUUGGGACGAGAAGUACAAAGUUAUCGCACCUGAAAGUUUGCAAGAAACUAGUUUUAUGUCUGAUUCUGACGAUGAAGGAGGUUCAGAUGCAUUGAUCAGCGAGCAGCCGUAUCGAUACCUUACAGCAGAUUUGAUGAAAAGUUUAAGAGAUGAUUCAUUGCCUAUUGAUGUUACACGGGAUGAUCCAAUACAUAGACAAGUUACAAAAGAAGAAAAACAGGAUUUCACUCAAAGCAAUAAUUAUUGUCUAGCAGAAAACUUUGAUACUGAUGGAUUUAAUUUGGGCCGACUUCAUUUCAGAUCAUUUUUAGUAAGUUUCUUGGUGGACGCACGUGGAGGUGCUAUGAAAGGAUGCAGACACAGCGGUGUACGUAUCAUUGUGCCACCACGUAGAGCAACAAUGCCGAUUCGUGUUACGUGUAGAUUGAUAAAACCUAAUAAAGUUGCAAAUCCUCCUCCUUUAAUGGAGGGAGAGGCUUUAGCAACUCGUAUCAUAGAAAUGGGACCAAUUGGUGCUACGUUUCUAGGCCCAGUUUUAAUCGAUAUACCACAUUUCGCGUCUAUUCGAGGCAAGGAGAGAGAAAUCAUUAUUCUUAGAAGUGAUAAUGGUGAAACGUGGAAAGAACACGAUAAUUCUGCUGAUAAUGAUACCACUCUAUUAAAUACUCCAUAUGAUCCUCAAAUGAGCGCUACUCAUUCUGGCAGAAUUACCCGUAUAAUAACAACCGAUUUUCCUCAAUACUUUGCUAUUAUCACGAGAAUAAAACAGGAGGUUCACGUGAUUGGUGCCGAAGGUGGAAUUUUAACAUCAAGUGUGGCUAACGACGUCCAAGCAGUCUUUCCACCAGGAGCAUUAACAAAGAAGAUUAAAGUUGGAUUACAAGCUCACGUCAUUCCGGCAGAGCUUACAGCAAAGUUACUAGGAAAUUGCGUAGCUGUUUCACCUGUAAUAACGAUCGAGCCGAGAAGACGAAAGUUUCAUAAACCAAUCACCCUUACCAUACCUGUACCACAAGCAGCGAAUAAAGGGAUGAUUAAUCAAUAUGGUGGUGAAACACCAACAUUACGACUUUUAUGUAGUAUUGCAGGUGGAACCAGUGAAUCACAAUGGGAAGAUGUUACUGGGUCGACACCAUUAACUUUUAUGAACGAUACAGUGUCCUUUACCACAACUGUAUCCGCUCGAUUCUGGUUAAUGGAUUGCCGAAAUAUAGGCGCAGUUCCAAAAAUGGCAACCGAAUUAUAUGAAGAAUCGUUAUUUGUGCCAUAUAUUACAAAUUUUAUAAUAUAUUCGAAACGAAUGGAUGUGCUUGAAGCAACAUUAAGAGUGUUAUGCAUGACCGAUGGAAAAGAAGGAAUGCACACUUUGGAAAGGCAAGAGGAAUUUGUCGAAAUUGUAAAAAGCCGCGAUGUCGAAGCACUCGAUGGGAAAGAUCUUUAUAUUGAAUUCAGUGGAAAUUUAGUACCUGUGACGAAAUCGGGAGUACAAUUGAAAUUUACCUUUAAAGCUUUUCGUCAAAAUCGUUUAUCUUUUCACGUAAAAGUGAAAGAUCCGUUGUUGGAUCCGGUUGCUAGGAUGCUGUUUAUGCGAGAACCGAAAGUAGCGAAAGGAGAACCCCCUCAACAACCAAUUUGCGUGUUGAAUAUUGUUCUUCCAGAAAUUAUAACUAAAGUUGAAGUACAAAAGAAAUUGAAAGAUUAUGAAGAUUCGAAUAUUAUUAGUCAAAAAUUGGAUUCUUAUGAAUCGAAAUACAAGAUGGAGCAAAAAGAGAAAGGCGACGAACCUAAGGAUAUUUCGCCUUCCGAAAAGAAAUUUAUUACCGACACCUUGCAAAAGGAACGAACAGAUGCUGUUACUAUCCACGAAUUCCUUGCGCAAAAAGCGGCUUCUCCCCUAGAAUCUGUAGAUGCUAGUUAUCCCAGUAAAGUAGUCGAGCAAGAGCAAGAUUUGUCGCCAAGUGUCGAGAGACAAACCUAUUCAGAGAAGAGGAAAUUCUGGGAGGAUAUAUCAAGGAAACGGGAAAGUUAUCAGCGAUCGGAAUCGGAGGUGUCGAGAACCUCGCAGUUGACUAUAAACGAGAGCGACAGCGAGUAUAUACAGAAUGUAAUCACCGAGGACACGGCAGACAUUGGUCAGCAGCAGAUCGACAAGUCUGAAACGUUGGAAGAUUUGAACGUGCCCGAUAUAUCCGAGUGUUCUGUGGCGGAGAAAGCGCAAUACUUCGAGGAACAAAUACAAAAAGAGACGACGAAACUUCCGCCCAAGUUGCAUCAACAGGACUCGUUGAAAUCUGAGAAGGAGAAGGUAACGAAGAUUAAGAUAAGCGAGAAGGAGAAGGUGGAUAAGGAUGAGAAGUAUGUGACCGAACUGAAGCAGAAAAAGGUGGAGGAGAAGGGGGUGGAGAUUGUUACGUUGCAAAAGGAAGAGCAGAAAGAAGGUGAGAAAAAGGAGAGAAGAUUGUCUGAUGAGGAUGAAAAGGAAAAGGAUGAAAGUAAAUACGUGGAAGUAAGCGAGGUAACAUCUAUGGUGUCUGUGUCUGAAAAGGAAUUGCGAAAAGAAAAGGAAGAUUAUGUGAAGCUUGAUGAGAUCGAAGUAUCUGUAAAACCUGAAAAAUUAGAGAAAGAUAUUGAAAGGUUAGAGUCUAUGCCCGUUGUAACAUCCGUGGAGAAAGUUGAGAAAAUUACGAUAGAAGAAAAAAUGGUGGAACCAUCGAUGAUUAUCGAAGAAAAAUCGGUUGAUGAGAUUAAACGAGUGGAUGAAGUAGAGAAAAUGAAAAUUGUGGAGGAAACUCCUGUACUGAUAAAAGAUAAAUUAGCCGAAUUAAAAGUUGAAGGUGUUGUGGAGAAAGAAACAAUUGUUAUCACUGAAGUACCUGCACAAGAUAUCAUAGAAGAUGUAAAAAUAAGAAGAGAAGAAGUACAAGAGUCAAUUACACAAGUAAGUAUAAAAGAAAUGGAAGAAGAGAAACCGAAGGAUGUUAUAAAAUCUGUAGAAGUAAGCGAGCAAAAAGAAAGAUUAAAAGAAGAAGUAGAAGAGAAAGUGAAACUAAUAUCGGAAGUAAAAACGAAAGAAAAAGUUAUAGAGAAGAGUGCAGAAGACAAGAAAGUGGAAGUGGAAAAAUCUAUUCCUGAAGUGAGUGUAGAAACGAUAGAAGAAACGAUAAAAGAAAAAGAAAAGGACGUCGAAGUUACGAAAAUAGUUAUUCAUGAAGAAAUUAUAAAGAAACACGUAGAACCAGAAGUGCAAGAAUUUAUUGCAGAAAUUGGUCCAAAAGAAAAAAUCGAAAUAAGCGAAAAGGAAAGUAUAGAGCAAAAAGAAAAAGCAGAAAAGAUUGUUACAGAGAUAAUUACACAACAAGAAACAGUGGAAGAAAGAAUUGAAGAAAAAGAGAAAGAACCAGAAAAAAUAGAUACGGAAAUAUUUUUACGAGAAAGUAUUAAGGAAGAUCUAGAGCAGAAAGAAAAAGAAGAAAAAGAAAUUGUAAAGCAAAAAGAGGAAAAGAAAGAGGAAUACGUAGAAGAAAUUACUACAGAUAUAAGCGAUGAACUGAAAGAAAUAGAUACCGAGAAAAAGCAAGAAGAGAUAUUAAAAUCCAUUAUAGAAAAAAAAAUGGAAGAUACGAAAGAUGAAGAAUUAAAAAUGGAAUCUGCGAAGAAAAUAGAAAAGGAGGUGGAAGAAAUUAUUACAGAAAGGAAAUUACAACGAGAGAUAAUCGCAGAAGCGGAAGCGAAACGAGAGAAAGUGCAAGAUGAAAUUGCGGAAAAAGUUGUGGAAAAAGAAGAAAAGGAAGAAAAGGAAGAGCAAGAAGUUGUUACAGAUUUAACCGUCCGAGAAAGAACAUUAACGCCAGAAACAAAAAGAGAGGAGAUCAUUAGAGAAAAAAUGGGUGGAAGACGUAUCAUAACGGAGGAAACUACUAUUAUCUAUAAGGUACAGAAAGAUGGUACUCUGGUACAAGAACAAGUAUUGAAAUCCGUUCAAGUGGAAGGGGGAAGCGAUGCUUUAGGCGGAUUAACCCAAAUGCCUGAAAGUAAAAUCGAGACUAAGGUAAUUCACGAGAUAGAAUCGAUUGGCGAUAUUAAACCUGAGAUCACUUUUUCAACGGAUAUUAAACAGGAGAUGCAAAAAUUUAUGGAGGAAGAAAGAAAACCGGAAAUCGAAGUUAAGGAGGAAAUAAGACUGAUUGAAAAAGAAAAAUUGGAGAAAGUAUUUCCUGAAUCGAUUAUAAAGGAAGAUAAAGAGGUUAAGGGGAAAAAAGAAGGAGAAGAAGAAGGAGAAGGAGAGUUAAAGAAAGGAGAGAAAGAAAAAAUUUCACUGCACAAAGAAAUAGUAACCGAAGUUGAAACGAAACAAGUUAAGAAGGAAUUCGAGUCGCGUAUUCCUAUUUCAACAGCAAAGAUGGACAAAGAUAAAAUUCAGAAAGAAACGAAGCUUAAAGCUACGAUAGAAGAGAAACGUGUUCCAAGUAAACUCGAAAUGGAUAAAGAAUUAAUCAUAGAAAAGGAAGAUAUUUCGCCAACGACCAGAAAGAAAGAAUUCGAAUCUCGAAUACCGAAGCGUGUCGUGGAUGUUAAACCAACGUCUGAUAAAGCUGGAAAGAAGGAUACGCACGUAAGAAAAGAAAGCGAAUCGUACACGAUAACGGAGAAGAAAUCGAGCGAAGAAAUAACUUCAAAAUUGGAGGAACAUUUAACGACGAAAAGUGAAACGCAAACAUUUUCGAAAACUUUCACCGAUCCUCAGCAAGCUUUCAAAAUGUUCGAGGAUAUGGAUAGCUUAGGGAAAACUAGUGAAUUAGGGAAAACAGUGACGUCCAAGAUCGAUCAUAAAACGUCGACCAUGCUGGAGAAGAAAGAAAUUGUAUCCUCGGAGAUUUCCACUGGCAAGGACAAGGUUAUCACGCACGAGGAGAAGGAACGGGUGGAAAAGAAGAAAUCGUUGGAAUCUCAAUUGAAGAAAGAGUCGCCGACCGAAACGUUGGAAGAGAAAAGCACUAAGCGUGAGGAAUUGGACAAAACAGCGAUUCAAAAAUUGUCGAUGAACUUGACGGACACUCAAAACAUAAUAGACGCGGCUGCGUCCGAAUCGAGGGCUGAAACGAAAAAAGAGGAGAUAUUUAAAAAGUUAUCGGACGAAGAGGGAGUCACGACUCAAGAGGCAGGUAGCAGUGUAUCGAGAGAGAGCGAUGCGGACGUAGCUAUUCGAAUAAAGAAAGAGAUUCCUAGGAAAAAUGGGUACGAGGAGGAUGUGAAAGUGGUGGAGGGAAAAGCGACGGAAAGGAUAUCGAGGCCAGUUGCGGAUACGGAUCAAAUCGAGACACUCGCUCAAGGGGAAUCGCACAAAGAGACGAAAGAAAGUUUCAACGUUGUCCAAUUCGUGCCGAGCGAGAAGAAGAGGAUGAAGGAGAAGGAGAAGGAAGAGGAAUUGUCGAAAGAAGAGAAAGAGGAAGUGACGCGACCGAGUGUAAGUUUGGAGGAGCAGCAACGGCAAAAGUUCAAAGAGAUCGAGGCGCGUACCAUAGCGGAAACUCUGAUUCAAUCGAUCGAGAGCGAGAUCGAAGCGAAAUCAGCGGCGGAUUUGAAAGCGGAGUUACUCAGCAAAGGAUAUUUGGAACAAAUAAUAAGCGAAAGCGUGGAAACGGAUCACGAGAAAUUGGCGGAUGAUUUGACGCGCAAAUUCGAAAGUAUCAUGAAGAGGACGGCGCAGGAGAAGGGAAGGCGCGUGGAAUCGCCGCCGAGGUUUAGAUCGUCGAUACAGGAGGAAUCGUUGGAGAAAAGUUCGACCAGGGACAGUAUAAGCGAGGACAUAACCAGGGACGAGGAAUCGUCGCCCCACGAGAAAGAAGAAAGUUUCCCCCUUUCAUCGUCCCAGGCUAAACUCCAAGACAGAGAUAUUACCAUGAGCCCCAGUAGCAUAUCCGAGCAGAUAGAUUUCGAAGAAACGAUCGACGUGGAUACGAACGAGUUGGAGAGCGUGUCGAAACCAACGAUAAGCCCUCAAUACGAGAAACAACGAUCGAGCAGCCAGGUGAGUUUCCCUCCUGAUAAGAUGGUGUCCGAGAUUUCGGGCGCCAGAGUUUUGGAAAUACUGGAACCAGGUAUGGACAGUCAAUCCAGAGAAGAUUCGGUGGACGUACCCUCGUUAGAGAUGGACGAGCAUAAAAUAUCGGAACAGACUAGCAGAGGAAUACCAUCGUUGCGCGAGAGCGCGGAAAUGGAUUCGUUCGAGAGGUUGGCUCAAGAACGAGAUAUCACGAUCAGCCCUAGCACCGUAUCCGAGGAUACGAAUAUAGAUUAUUCUUUGGUGCAAGAGUCGUCUCAUCCUAUUGGAGGAUCUCAAAGGGAAUUGCCUAUGAUAAGCACGAAAAGAGCGGACAGUUUCGAAAUCGAAAGUCCUCCGCUCGUCUCGCCGAAACCGAAGGUUCGUGGCCUCGAGAUCAUUAAACCUGUCGAUUGGAUGAUCGGUGACGAGAAGAUCGAAAUAUCGGAGACGUUGCAACCGUCUCAGAUCUUUAAUCAAGAAUUGGAAGCGUACGAAACGAUGAUCAAGAAGAAGGAACGAUUGUCCUCGUUGGACGGAUCGACGGAUCAUGAACAGGAAUCCGGCACUAAAUCGUCGGAGGACAUCAGUGUGAUAGAAUCGACGAGAGAGGCAGCGGUUGCGGUUGACGAUCGUAAACCUACGAAAUUCACCGUGAUUCCCGUCAGCGAGCAAGAUUUUGAAAACGAAUUGGUGGAGAAUAAGUUGGAUGUUAGUUGUCAGGAAUUGGUCGACACGUUGCAGCGCGAAUACGACGCAAAAACGCCUAUCGAGGAAUACAUGGAAAGUACUCAACAACAAGUUGUCGCGUCUACCGAUGAAAAGCUGGAAUUGGAAAAAGAAGUUUUGCAAGUGGAAAAAGAAGUUGUGGAAGAAGAACCUGCCGAUAAAACUACGACCGAAGAGCAAAGGGUGGAAAAGAAAGAAGUGAAAGAAGAAGUAAAAGAACAGGUAAAAGAAGAGGUAAAAGAACAGAUAAAAGAAGAAGUAAAAGAAGAGAUGAAAGAACAGGUAAAAGAAAAGGUGAAAGAAGAAGUGAAAGAAGAGGUGAAAGAAAAGGUAAAAGAAGAGGUGAAAGAAGAGGUGAAAGAAGAGGUGAAAGAAGAGGUAAAAGAAGAGAUAAAAGAAGAAAUGAAAAAAGAGGUGAAAGAAGAGGUGAAAGAAGAGAUAAAAGAAGAAGUGAAAAAAGAAGUGAAAGAAGAGGUGAAAGAAGAGAUAAAAGAAGAAGUGAAAAAAGAGGUGAAAGAAGAGGUGAAAGAAGAGGCGAAAGAAGAGGUGAAAGAAGAGGCGAAAGAAGAGGUGAAAGAAGAGAGAAAAGAAGAAGUGAAAAAAGAAGUGAAAGAAGAGGCGAAAGAAGAGGUGAAAGAAGAGAGAAAAGAAGAAGUGAAAAAAGAAGUGAAAGAAGAGGCGAAAGAAGAGGUGAAAGAAGAGAGAAAAGAAGAAGUGAAAAAAGAAGUGAAAGACGAGGUGAAAGAAGAGAUAAAAGAAGAAGUGAAAAAAGAGGUGAAAGAAGAGGUGAAAGAAGAGAUGAAAGAAGAGAAGCCGAUGAAGAAGGAAGGCGAAAAGAUAAAGGAGGAGGAAAUAGCGAAAGAAAAAGAAGAGACGAAGGAAGAGGAGAAAGCGAAAGACGAUGGGUUGGUUAAACCUUUGAAAAGCGAGGAAAGUAAACAGGAGAGACUCGCGACAAAGCCGGAAAUCGAAUUGAAAUUAGAGAAAACAACUGACGAGUUGAAGGAAUGGACGGAAGCUUAUUUGUCGAAGAUAAAACCGUUGAGCGAAGAUUACAAAAGGCAUAUGGAGAAAGCUACGGAGAAGCACGAGAGCAAGCCUGGAAGAUCGACGACAGUUCCUUCCGACACUUGUGCCUUGAAAAUAAAAAAAGAUGAUCUCUCUAGUGUUGAUUUAAGUGCACGAUACGCUAUAACCGUUCUAGAUCAGGUAGUUAAAAAAGAGAUAGCCGAAGUGAAGGAGUCUUUAGAGGCGGCUAAGCAAGACCUGAUAGAGGAAUUAAGCGAAAAUAGUGAAACUGUGAUCCAAAUAAAAGAUUCCCCCUCAGAGUUCCGGUUUAAAUUACAACCCGAAUCCAUUCCCAACGAUUUACCAUUUUUAUACACACCAGCGUAUCCUGCUGCUGAGCAAACCACCCACGAGUCGGAUACCGAAGCGAUAAAGAGGGAAGAAUCCCCCGCUGAUAAAUCGCAAUCGAAAUUCGAGACGAAGGAUACCGAUCGAGGCGAAACGGAGACGAUGGAUGAUGGAUCCGGUGGUAUCGAGGAACCGAUACGUCAAACGCAAAAGGAUACACCUGUGAUUAAAACCGAUAAGUCUGACGUAGAGACUGCUGUAAUAACCGUCCACGAAGAUACGAAAGACGAGGAGGAAGCCCGCGAAGAGGAACAUCCUAGCCCCGUGCCUGCCAGCAUGUCAGGCUCGGACAUAGACAAUAAAGACGAAAGUUCUUCUUUGGCUUUACCGCGCCCCGUACUUAGAAGACGCCAGAAACCCGGUAGAAGUGCUAAACGCAUCACAUCCGACAGCGACGCGGAUCUCGGUUCUAGUUCCGGCGAGAGUAGUAAUUAUCAAUCGUGCGACUACGAAAUCGGUAGCGGUAGCCGACCUAGCUCUUCCGACGUGGAAGCGAUGCAAUCGUGCGGCGUACCUUCCGCCACUGCUUCGGAAUACGAAACUGCGAUGAUGUCCGUCGAGCACUCCACCUCUUCCAAACCAACCUCGCAGGAGUAUCAGACAGCGGCCACGACCAUGAGCUCGCGCGAAUCGAUGAAGUCUUUGACCUCUUUGAGCUCCGGUCAUCUCGGCAGCAUUGACAGUACCAGCGAGUUGUCCGAGACUUUGGUAGCGUCCGAAGCGGAUGCGGACAAAGAGGAGGAGGAUGAGGAGGAGGAGGAGGAGGAGGAAGAGGAGGAGCGUUUGGACGGUGGUCUGGACGAGGAGCAGACCGAACAGUCGGACUCGUCCGGUAGCGAUAUACCGAUCGACGAGCCGAUGGACGAUAUCUACAAUCGGGCACCUUGUCGUAUGAAGCGAUCGUCCGAAAUGAUCUUCCCUCAAGUCCUCGAGGCGGCCGCUCUCGAGGAAUCGCCGGCCAAGGACACCAAAGGUGUAGAUUUCGCCACGUCCACCUCGACCUCGGCAACGGGAGCUGGACCUGUUCGAUCCGUCGAUAUAAUGACGUCGCGAGUUUCCGAGGACGGGGUACAAAGUGUGUGCACUCAGGUGAUUUCGACUCGAGGCGCUUCGAUGUCGACGUCUUCGACGUCCGGCGUGUCUAUAGACACGGUGGUGGGGAAAGAGAAGUCAACGGAUCGUCAAUCGCCUGACAGCGAUUCGUUCGAGAUGGUCGAUAAACCGGAUAUCAUCGACGAUUUCGUGGUCAUAGAGGAAGUUGGCAGAGAGGCUGAGGAAUACGAUUCCGAAGGGAAAAGUAUACGCAUCAGUUCUAUACCCCAGGUGAUCGGCAAACAGUACGAUCGGGAUCUUGAGAAUCUUAUAACCGAGAACAAGGAAGAUUCGCAAGUGUCGACGAGUCAAGCGUCGAAGAACAACGAAUUGUUCGACUUCGAGUCGGAGGAGAGCCCGCCUCAAGUCUCGAACGACGAUCAAUAUUCCCAAUCGUACUCGGACGACGAGCAAUACGAAGGGGGGAAGAAAUGGAUAGAGAUGCAAUUCCACGCGGAUCCACGAGUCUACGACAUCGAGUACGAUCGAGGUCCUUUGGAGGAUAUAAAGGAAGAGGAGAUCACCGACUUCGAGGCUGGCAGCAGUAGAUUCGGAAGCUUGGGCAGUCACAAGGAAUCGAUAGGAAGCGUGGGUAGUAUGCGAGGCAGUUUCGGGAGUACGCCCGACUACGAUGUCCUGGCCGGUAGGAAAUAUUUCACCAGGCCAUCCGAUCACGACAACGUGUCGUUGAGCUCGUUGCAAGAGUUCGAGAACUUGGAGAGCGCUGUCGCGGCUGAGAAUUCUAGGAAAUUGCAAUGCGGCUCCCACGAUUCCGUCAAUAACGGUAGUCUUCCAAGGAGGUACAUGACCAGCCGAUCCGGCCACGGCGACGACAUCUCGUUAUCUUCGUUGAAGGAUUUCGAAGGGUUGGAGAGAGCGUGCAGGGAGGCGCAUUUAAUCGAAUUGCGCGCAAGGGAGGAGGAAGACUUGUUAGAACACGAAAGCCCCGAGAACAAGUACAAAUUGGAAAGCCUAACGCGAACGAGGAUCGAUACGAGCACGGCCGGCUCGUUCAACGCGAGCACAUCCGGCUCGGACGAUUACGAGAAGAGAAUAAAAGAGAUCGACGAGAUAAUACGGAUAGCCCAGUCGAAUGUGGAGAAGUCCGAUCGGCAAGACGACACGACGGAGGACAUUUCGCAAAUCGAAAUCACGGACGCUGAGAAAAUUGGAUCUCAGCCAGGUGUGCAACCUGUUUCGAAACCGGAAGAGGAGCUAGAGGAACCGACCCCGUUGCCUCUUCAAAGAGAGAGCAACGUAAUGGAGACGAGUACGGAUUCCCUCGAGCUGGAGGAUAAUAUGGAUAAGAAACAUCACCAAUUAUGCCGAAGUUCCGACUCGUUAGAGAUGAAAACCACGCUAGAUUUUCCUUCGUUGAGUUCGGACUCGUUGAACAAUGUGCGAGACGCAAGGGAGAUGCAGUCGGACGUAGCUGAACACGCGAGCAGCGUUAGACGUAUUUCUUCGGACUCGUUGGACAUGCCUUUGCUCGAACAACAGGAUUCCGAAAGACCGAGCAACGAAGAUGAUCGUUCGGAUGGUGUCACGUCGGACAAUUCCUUGGAGCACAGAUCGGAUGCAGGGGAAACCGAUAGAAGCGAUAGAGCGAGGACAACACCGAGCACCAAUACAUAGGAAUAUUUUCGUAGAUAGUGGACCAUCAAAGUGAAUUUGUUACAACGUUGGUUCUUAAGGCUACAACGAUGUAUUAUUGAACCAAUUGAAAUGCUUUACAUAAUACAGCAUAAUAUAAUGAAAAAUGAAGUACUAAAAGAAAUACUUGCGCGUUGUGCAUAUGCAAGGUAUUAAAAUGCAUUUAUCUUUAUUUUAUGCGACGUUUUAUAAGAAUAUAAUUGUUUUAUGAUGCUUAAGUGAAAUAGUUAUUAUCUUUAAAAUAUAGGAUUGUUAUUAAAAUGAGGUAGAAACACGAAUGACGCUUAUUCAUUUCGUAUUAAAAUCUAUCAAGAAAAAAAAAAACAAAAAAAAAAAACAAAAAUUGUAAUUGCUUUCAAUCUACUUGUUUCAAUAAUUAUGAAUUAUCUUGCUUCGUUGUUCACGAUUAUUUACAGUAAUUAAGUUUAUAUCGCAAAAAUUGUACUUUUUAAAUGUUAUUCUCGUAUGUCCUACUUGUAUGAUAAUACUUAUAUA